CUAUUGGCAACCGCUGCAUUCUGAGAAAGUCUCUUUCAAUUCAGCUUUCCAGAUCCUCUCGCUUCCAGCUCCAACAACUUUAUAACCUCCUCAACAGUUUCAUAAAUGCACUGCAAUGGUCACAUGAACAGCUCUGGGCCAAUCAGCACCCAUCUCCUAGUUACUAUGGCACUUUAGGAAGAGAGAAACCAAAAAGCAACAAGUCCAACAGAAGUUGAGAGUCCUGCAAAAAAUGAAUCUUACGGUGAGACUUCGCCGUAGUUUCAGAACGCUGGUAAUCCUCUUGGCUACCUUCUGCCUGGCAAGCAUUGCCAUCUCCGCCUACUACCUGUACACGGGCUACAAGCAGCAAAUGGCCCUUGCGGAAGCCACUGGAGAAGCCGAAUGCGAAGAUCUUAAACUUUUACCAUACAGAUCCACGGAGCUGAAAACUGCUAAGCCAAUUGACCCAUCUAAAACUGAUCCCACUGUCCUCUUGUUUGUGGAAAGCCAGUAUUCCCAGCUGGGGCAAGACAUCAUAGCUAUCCUCGAGUCCAGCCGUUUUCCAUACCACAUGGUCAUUGCACCUUCCAAGGGGGAUAUUCCCCCUCUCACAGAGGGUGAGAAAGGAAAAUAUACAAUUGUUAUAUACGAGAAUAUUUUAAAAUAUGUAUCCAUGGACUCAUGGAAUAGAGAGCUUCUAGAAAAAUACUGUGUGGAAUACAGUGUUAGCAUAAUUGGUUUUCAUAAAGCCAACGAGAACAGCUCACCAAGUACAAAACUGAAAGGACUUCCAUUACAUAUUUACAAUAACAUAGCCCUCAAAGACUGUUUUGUAAAUCCUCAGUCUCCACUACUGCGCAUUACCAAAGCACCAAGGGUCGAGAAAGGUGCCCUGCCUGGUGAAGACUGGACAGUUUUCCACUUUAACCAUUCCACGUACCAACCUAUACUUUUAGCAGAACUGCAAACCUCCAGACCCUUGCCAGCGGUAUUGCCAAAGGCUGCUCUAUAUGCAACAGUCAUUCAGGACCUGGGCCUUCACGAUGGGAUUCAGAGAGUCCUUUUUGGAAACAACUUGACUUUCUGGUUGCACAAGCUGAUCUUUAUUGAUGCCAUCUCCUUCCUGUCUGGAAAAAAGCUGACACUGUCCUUAGAUAGGUACAUCCUUGUGGACAUAGACGACAUCUUUGUUGGAAAGGAGGGAACAAGGAUGAACGUCAAGGAUGUGAAGGCUUUACUAGAGACUCAAAAUUUACUGCGCACUCAGGUUGCAAAUUUUACCUUCAACCUUGGAUUUUCAGGAAAAUUUUACCACACAGGCACAGAAGAGGAAGACAAAGGCGAUGACUUGUUGCUGAGGUCUGUAGAUGAGUUUUGGUGGUUUCCCCAUAUGUGGAGUCACAUGCAGCCUCACCUCUUCCACAAUGAGUCAUCACUGGUGGAGCAGAUGAUCCUCAACAAAGAGUUUGCACUGGAGCACGGUAUACCAACAGACAUGGGGUACGCGGUGGCUCCGCACCACUCGGGCGUCUACCCAGUCCACGUGCAGCUGUACGAGGCCUGGAAGAAGGUGUGGGACAUCCGCGUGACCAGCACGGAAGAGUACCCGCACCUGAAACCCGCACGGUACAGACGGGGCUUCAUCCACAAUGGCAUCAUGGUGCUCCCUCGACAGACCUGCGGCCUUUUCACUCAUACUAUUUUUUACAAGGAAUACCCUGGGGGUCCUCAUGAACUUGACAAAAGUAUCCAAGGAGGUGAACUCUUCCUCACCGUUCUCCUAAAUCCUAUCAGCGUCUUCAUGACCCACUUGUCCAACUACGGGAACGACCGCCUGGGGCUCUAUACCUUUGCCAACCUGGCCAACUUUGUGAGGAGCUCGACCAACCUGCGGCUGCGGACGCUGCCGCCGCUGCAGCUGGCGCACAAGUACUUCGAGCUCUUCCCUGAGCAGACAGACCCUCUCUGGCAGAACCCAUGUGACGAUAAGCGACACAGAGACAUUUGGUCCAGAGAUAAAACUUGUGACCACCUACCCAAAUUCCUUGUCAUAGGACCCCAGAAAACAGGAACAACAGCACUUUAUCUAUUUCUUCUGAUGCAUCCUUCCAUCAUCAGUAAUCUCCCUAGCCCCAAAACUUUUGAAGAAGUUCAGUUCUUCAAUGGAAACAACUAUCACAAAGGAAUUGACUGGUACAUGGAUUUCUUCCCCACUCCUUCCAAUGUCACCACUGACUUCCUCUUCGAGAAAAGCGCCAACUAUUUCCAUUCGGAGGAAGCGCCGAGAAGAGCUGCUUCCCUCAUCCCCAAGGCCAAGAUCAUCACCAUCCUCAUCGACCCGUCUGACCGGGCGUACUCCUGGUACCAGCACCAGCGAUCCCACGAGGACCCCGCUGCUCUCAAGUUCAGUUUCUACGAGGUGAUCACGUCAGGCCACUGGGCGCCCUCCGAGAUAAGGACCCUGCAGAAGCGCUGCCUGACCCCGGGCUGGUACGCCAUCCACAUCGAAAGGUGGCUCGCGCACUACCCAGCCUCACAG